GGCCUAUGGCGUUUUGAACAUCCCACCAUGGUAUCUCUGCAUCUUCUUGGGGAUCCAGCACUUCCUCACAGCCCUGGGAGGAAUGGUAGCAGUGCCACUCAUCCUGGCCAAGGAUCUGUGUUUGCAGCAUGACCCCCUGACUCAGAGCUACCUGAUCAGCACCAUCUUCUUUGUCUCUGGCAUCUGCACUCUCCUGCAAGUGCUUUUUGGGGUCAGGUUGCUGAUUCUCCAGGGUUUUGUGGCGCCUUCUCUGGCCAUGCUAUCUCUUCCAUCCUGGAAGUGCCCAGAGUGGACACUCAAUGCCAGCCAGGUGAAUGUCAGCUCACCUGAGUUCACAGAGGAAUGGCAGAAGAGGAUCCGAGAGUUGCAGGGUGCCAUCAUGGUUGCUUCCUGUAUCCAGAUACUGGUGGGAUUCUCAGGCCUCAUCGGCUUUCUCAUGCGCUUCAUUAGCCCCUUGACCAUUGCUCCGACCAUUUCCCUGGUGGCCCUGCCUCUCUUUGAUCCUGUUGGCAAUGACACUGGAAUCCACUGGGGGAUUUCCUUCACGACCAUCUUCCUCAUCAUGCUGUUUUCUCAAUUCCUGAAAAACAUCCCGGUGCCUGUGCCUGUGUAUGGUGGAGAGAAGAAGUGUCACACCUCCAAGUUCUACCUCUUUCAGGUCUUCCCUGUGCUGCUGGCUCUCUGCAUUUCCUGGUUCAUCUGCUUCGUGCUCACGGUCACCAACACUCUCCCCUCGUCCCCCACUGACUAUGGGUACCUGGCCCGCACUGACACCAAAAGCAAUGUCCUGCGCCAGGCCCCUUGGUUCCGCGUCCCUUACCCAGGACAAUGGGGCCGCCCCACCAUCAGCCUGGCUGGAGUCUUUGGGAUCAUUGCUGGGGUGGUCUCCUCCAUGGUGGAGUCUGUGGGUGAUUAUUAUGCCUGUGCCCGGCUGGGAGCCCCACCCCCUCCGAAGCACGCCAUCAACCGCGGCAUUGGCAUCGAGGGUCUUGGCUGCUUAUUGGCAGGAGCCUGGGGGACAGGAAAUGGCACCACCUCCUUCAGCGAGAAUGUUGGGGCACUGGGGAUCACCAAGGUGGGGAGCAGGAUGGUGAUCGUCACAGCAGGCUUCGUGUUGCUCCUGAUGGGUGUUUUUGGGAAGAUCGGGGCUGUGUUUGCCACACUCGGGGGCAUGUUCAUUGUCAUGUUCGGGAUCAUCAGUGCUGUGGGGAUCUCCAAUCUGCAGUACGUGGACAUGAACUCAUCCAGGAACCUCUUUGUCUUUGGCUUCUCCAUUUACUAUGGCCUCACCAUUCCCAACUGGGUGAAGAAGAACCCCGAGAAGCUGCAGACAGGCAUUCUCCAGCUGGACCAGGUCAUCCAGGUGUUGCUGACCACAGACAUGUUUGUUGGAGGAUUUCUGGGCUUUCUCCUGGAUAACACCAUCCCUGGAAGCCUGGAGGAGCGAGGCAUCCUGGUAUGGAAUCAAGUCCAGGAGAAUUCCAAGGAGACUACUCUGAAGUCCUCAGAGGUUUAUGACUUUCCCUGGGGCAUUGGCACCAAGUUCUGCACGUCCUCCUACAUCCGGGUCCUCCCCUUCUGGCCCAGGCUGGACCACAGUGACAAAGAUCCACUGGCCACAACUCUCACUGACUUGGGUGAACGAGAUAAGAUGUAUAUAACCCACAUGUCAGAGGAGGCUACUUCCUGAAAUACUGGACAACUGAGACACCCACCUGUCUGGGACCCAUUGACCUUCCCUGGAAAUAUCA